AUGACGGCUACGCUCUCUUUGUUGUCGGCGCUAAGGCCCUGUCGCGUGGCCUCCAGUGCGCGCGCGGGGAAAUCGUUGCUGUCCGUGACUCACGCGGUCUCUCAGGCUCGUCAGAUCACCCUCCUUGCCUCAUCGCAGAAUAAACUCUCCCUCAGAGCACCUCAAUGGCCUACCGCGUCUAAGCGAAGCGCGUCGACUACUACCACCCCGACUGAGGAUCCUGUGUCAACCACCCCUUACACCGAGUUGACGGUUGGAGUACCUCGCGAAACACACCAAAAUGAGCGCCGUGUUGCAAUCACGCCACAGAAUGUGGCUUUGCUUCUUAAAAAGGGCUUUUCACGUGUGCUGAUCGAGCGCGGGGCCGGAACAGAAGCACAGCUUCUAGACGAUGCCUACCAACAAGCCGGUGCCACAAUAGUGGACCGUGAUGCUAUAUGGGCGGAGAGUGAUAUUGUGCUGAAAGUCCGAAACCCGCAGGCGGAAGGACCAUUCAAUGAGAUUCAAGCUCUUCGUAAAGGCUCGACUAUUAUCUCUUUCCUGUACCCCUUCCAAAACAAGUCAAUUGUGGAUGCCCUGGCUGCCCGUGGCGUGACUGCUUUUGCUAUGGACCGUAUUCCACGUAUCUCCCGUGCGCAGACAUUUGAUGCCUUGAGCUCCAUGGCCAAUAUUGCAGGAUACAAAGCGGUUUUAGAAGCUUCAAACCACUUCGGCCGCUUUUUGACUGGCCAAGUCACGGCUGCUGGAAAGAUUCCCCCCAGUAAAGUACUGGUGAUCGGUGCUGGUGUAGCUGGUCUGAGUGCAAUUGUCUCGGCUCGCCGCAUGGGUGCUAUCGUUCGGGGGUUCGAUACCCGUCCUGCUGUCCGUGAACAGGUCCAGUCAUUGGGUGCAGAAUUCAUCGAGGUGGACUUCCAAGAAGAUGGUUCUGGGCAAGGUGGUUAUGCCAAAGAAAUGUCCAAAGAAUUCAUUGAAGCCGAGAUGAAACUGUUUAUGGAGCAAGCUCGUGAAGUUGACAUUAUAAUUACGACUGCUCUGAUUCCAGGAAAACCUGCUCCAAAGCUGAUUACGAAGGAAAUGGUCGCUGCUAUGAAGCCUGGCUCGGUCAUUGUAGAUCUCGCAUCCGAAGCCGGUGGAAACUGUGAAGCAACUGUUCCUGGUGAGCUGUCUCAAUACAAGGGUGUUACGAUCAUUGGCUAUACCGAUCUUCCAUCUCGUUUGCCGACCCAAUCAUCAACGCUCUACUCAAACAACAUCAUCAAAUAUUUACUCUCCAUGGCCCCUAAGGAUAAGUCCUUUGGAAUCGAUUUCAAUGACGAGGUUGUUCGUGGGUCAAUUGUCACACUCAACGGCGAAAUUAUCCCACCCGCUGCGCCUGCUGCUCCUCCUCCCGCUCCCAAGCCCGAUACCGAGGCCAUUGCGGCCAAGAAAGAAGCCAAGCUCGCUCUUACACCGUGGCAACAGGCAACCCGAGAUGUUACCACUGUCACCGGUGCAAUCGGUGCAACUCUCGCUCUUGGAAAAGCCACGGGCCCCAUUUUCAUGGGCAACAUGAUGACAUUUGGAUUGGCAGGAUUGGUUGGUUAUCGCGCCGUAUGGGGAGUGGCUCCUGCUCUUCACUCGCCGCUUAUGAGUGUCACCAAUGCUAUCUCCGGAAUGGUUGGUAUUGGUGGUCUGUUCGUCAUGGGCGGGGGCUUUGUUCCGACCACUAUCCCUGAAUACCUUGGUGCGGCAUCUGUGCUGCUUGCAUUCGUGAAUGUCUCUGGUGGCUUUGUUGUGACGAAGCGUAUGCUUGACAUGUUCAAGCGUCCAACCGAUCCUCCAGAGUACCCAUGGCUAUAUGCUGUUCCAGCACUCGUAUUUGGCGGUGGUUUGGUGGCUGCAGCCAGCACUGGAAUGGCUGGCAUAGUUCAAGCCGGGUAUCUCGUUAGCACAGUUCUCUGCAUGACUUCUAUUUCCAGCCUUGCUUCGCAGCAGACAGCCCGCCGUGGAAACAUCCUGGGAAUCUUGGGUGUGGCUUCCGGUAUUCUUGCCUCACUCGUUGCUGUAGGAUUCUCUACUGAGACGUUGACUCAAUUCGCCGUCAUGGCUGGAACCGGUGCCUUGGUCGGUGGUCUAAUUGGCCGUCGCAUUACCCCAACUGGGCUUCCCCAGACUGUUGCAGCGCUGCACUCGGUUGUGGGUCUUGCUGCCGUUUUGACCAGUAUCGGUAGCGUCCUGGGCGAAAUUGGCGAGAUCUCUACUUUGCACAUGGUGACUGCUUAUAUGGGCGUGCUCAUCGGAGGUGUGACUUUCACCGGAUCAAUUGUUGCGUUCCUCAAACUCGCAGGCAAAAUGUCUUCUAAGCCAAUGCUUUUACCUGGCCGGCAUGUCAUUAACUCGACUCUGUUGGGCGGUAAUAUGGCGACCAUGGGGGCCUUCUUGACUUUGGCCCCCGCCAAUCCUGGGAUCGCAGCGGCUUGUUUAGGUACAAGUACAUUGCUCAGUUUUCUGAAAGGUUACACGACAACGUCAGCGAUCGGCGGUGCAGAUAUGCCUGUCGUUAUCACGGUGCUGAAUGCCUAUUCUGGCUUUGCCCUUGUCGCAGAGGGUCUCAUGCUAAACAAUCCUCUUCUGACAAGUGUAGGCUCACUUAUUGGAGUGAGCGGUUCAAUUCUGUCGUACAUUAUGUGCGUCGCUAUGAAUCGGUCGCUUACAAACGUUCUUUUUGGUGGUAUCGGUACUCAAGUGCAAAGCCAGAAGAAGAUCGAAGGAGAAGUGACACAGACAAGUAUUGACGACACAGUCGAGGCACUCUCCGGUGCCGAGAGUGUCAUUAUUAUUGUCGGCUAUGGAAUGGCGGUUGCAAAGGCUCAGUACGCACUGGCGGAGAUUGUCAGUAUCUUGCGCUCGAGGGGCGUUACCGUCCGCUUUGCUAUUCACCCCGUGGCAGGUCGUAUGCCGGGCCAGUGCAACGUGCUUCUUGCUGAGGCAUCAGUACCAUAUGAUAUCGUUCUGGAGAUGGAUGAGAUCAACGAAGAUUUCAAGGAGACUGACGUUACUCUUGUCAUCGGCGCCAACGACACAGUCAACCCUAUUGCUAUGGAGCCGGACUCUGCUAUCUCCGGUAUGCCUGUCUUGCACGCAUGGAAGAGUAAGGAAGUCAUUGUUAUGAAGCGAGGAAUGUCCAGCGGAUACGCCGAUGUGCCAAAUCCCAUGUUCUUCAUGCCCGGAACGAGAAUGCUCUUCGGAGAUGCGAAGACUUCGUGUGAUGCUAUUAAAGCUGCCCUGGAGGCGCGCAAAUAG